AUGGUCAAUCAAUCCAGUCCCAAAUCCUGCAUUUGCACCCUUUCAAGCAACAAAACCGAGAGCGCGACAGGCGAUCUCUAUCUUCUAACAUGUCACAGAGCAGUGACAGGUGGGUCCACCAUUUCCCACGUUCCUUGCCAGCAGGUGGAUGACCUCGUGCGAAUCGGACCCCUUGAGGAUGAAAUCACCAUCGUUUCAGAAUCCGCCAAGGUCACUUCUGCCACUGCAAGUGCCAUUCAGAUCGCACCAUGGGGAUUUACUGAUUUACUGGUUGACAAGUCAGUGCGUCGAAUCCAGCUGGAUGUGGAACUGAGUGCGCACAAGGUUGACGCUUUAUCUCUCGCUGGUUUGGAGACGUUGGAAGAACUGUUGACCCGAAACGGUGUGAUCCAAUGGGACAGUUGUAGUUUUGCAAAUCUGCCUAGGCUGAAGCACUUGUUACUCAACUGCAGGUCGAUAUAUGAAGAGUUUAUUUCAUUUGCGUUUGGAAUCCGAGUGGUUCAUUUUGAUCCUCGUAUAAAUGUGAUACGGAUCCGCCCCGGACCCCCUCUAAGACGAUACAUGGUGAAAUUCUCUGAUUUCCACCGGACUAACAGGACCCAAACGCAGGAUAAUGGGAGCCGACUGACCAUUGGUACCCAUCUACCGCUUAUUUCGAAGUGCUACUAA